CUCCCUCUCUGCUCUCUUUUUUAUCCCCAUCCAAACUUGAGGCUGUGGCUAAAGUUAGAUUGGCUCGGAGUAUAUAAGCCUCCGGGAAUAUACGUACAACGCGGCUUCACACAGUCUUCUCUUUCUUGAUCUUCCAGACCUCCACUCAAACCGUCUCAAGAUGGCACCAAAGAAGGCCAAGAGGAGGCAGGCAGCAGGAGAUGGCGGCUCCUCCAACGUGUUCUCCAUGUUUGAGCAGAGCCAGAUUCAGGAGUACAAAGAGGCUUUCACAAUCAUUGACCAGAACAGAGAUGGCAUCAUCAGCAAAGAUGACCUGAGGGACGUGCUGGCCUCAAUGGGCCAGCUGAACGUGAAGAAUGAGGAGCUGGAGGCCAUGAUUAAGGAGGCCAGCGGCCCCAUCAACUUCACCGUCUUCCUCACCAUGUUUGGAGAGAAGCUGAAGGGUGCUGACCCCGAGGACGUUAUUCUUAGCGCCUUUAAAGUCCUGGACCCAGAGGGUACUGGAACCAUCAAGAAGGAAUUCCUUCAGGAGCUCCUGACCACUCAGUGCGACAGGUUCACCCCAGAGGAGAUUAAGAACAUGUGGGCCGCCUUCCCCCCAGAUGUUGCUGGCAACGUAGACUACAAGAACAUCUGCUAUGUCAUCACACACGGAGAGGAGAAGGAGGAGUAAGGAGAAAGCUAGAAGACAAGAAAGACAAAAAUCCCUUUGCUAUUCUGCCUUCCCUGUCCUUUCUUUCCUCCUCUUCCUCCCUACUUACCCUCUGUGUGAACCCUUGUGCUCAGACGCUCGUGUUCAAACCAAAGACUUGCCACGCGGACACAUGUCUGGUGCCCAUGGGGUGUCUAUGUUUGCUUAUGGGGAAUAGGGAUGAUUUUCAAUAAAAUUAUCCUGUGACAUCAUUUCCAACCA